AAAUCCCACGCGCAGGACCGCUUCGCCUCUCUCCCUCCGCCUCUCGCCUAAACCCUAGCUCGCAUCUCGAGGCAUCCCGUCUCGUCGUCGUCGUCGCGCUCGCCGGAGCGGAGGAGGAGAUGGGCACCGGGGGUGGCGAAGGGGACAAGUCGGCGGCGCUGCCGCUGGAGGCGCUGCUGGCGCUCGGGCUCGACCAGCGCACGGCGGAGAACGCGCUGGUCAACAGCAAGGUCACGGCCAACCUCGCCGCCGUCAUAGCCGAGGCUGGUAUAAGUAGAUGUGAUAAGUCGGUUGGGAAUCUCCUCUAUACGGUUGCCACUAAAUACCCAACCAAUGCGCUUGUCCAUCGUCCUGUACUCAUUGACUAUGUUGUGUCAAUGAAGAUAAAGAAUCCUGCACAACUAGAUGCUGCUCUGUCAUUCCUUACCAAUACUGGCCCUGACUCUUUAGAUACUGGGAAGUUUGAAGAAGCCUGUGGUGUAGGUGUGGUUGUUUCAAUUGAAGAGAUUAAAUCAACAGUCAAUGAGGUAUUAAAACAUAACAUGGAGGCUAUAUUGGAGCAGCGAUAUCAUAUUAAUGUUGGUAACCUAUGUGGACAGGUUAGGAAGAGGCAUCCUUGGGGUGAUGCCAAGGCAACUAAGGAUGAAAUUGACAAGAAGCUUGCAGAGAUACUAGGUCCAAAGACUGAUGCUGACAAUGUAAAACCAGUGAAAAAGAAGAAGGAGAAGCCAGCAAAAGUUGAGGACCAAAAGGCUGCAGUAGUCACGGCUCUACCGCCAUCUGAGGAGGAAUUGAAUCCAUACUCUAUAUUUCCUCAGCCAGAGGAAAAUUUUAAGGUUCAUACGGAAAUAUUCUAUAGUGACGGGAACAUAUGGAGAGCACAUAACACUAAGGAUAUUUUAGAGAAGCAUCUUAAGGCAACUGGUGGAAAAGUGAUGACCCGUUUCCCACCAGAACCUAAUGGAUAUCUUCAUAUUGGUCAUGCCAAGGCUAUGUUUAUUGAUUUUGGGCUGGCGAAAGAGAGAAAUGGUCAUUGUUACCUUAGGUUUGAUGACACAAAUCCAGAAGCUGAAAAGAAAGAGUAUAUUGACCAUAUUCAGGAAAUCGUACACUGGAUGGGAUGGGAGCCCUACAAAGUUACAUAUGCAAGUGAUUAUUUCCAAGCUUUAUACGAGCAUGCAGUUGAGCUAAUACGGAAAGGAUUAGCCUAUGUGGAUCACCAGACCGCAGAAGAAAUCAAGGAAUACAGGGAAAAGAAAAUGAAUAGUCCAUGGAGGGAUAGACCCAUUGACGAAUCACUGAAAUUAUUUGAAGACAUGAGACGUGGGUUGAUUGCUGAAGGUGCAGCAACACUCCGAAUGAAACAAGAUAUGCAGAAUGAUAACAAAAAUAUGUCUGAUUUAAUAGCAUAUAGAAUAAAAUUCACUCCUCAUCCACAUGCUGGUGAUAAGUGGUGCAUCUAUCCGAGCUACGAUUAUGCUCACUGCAUGGUGGAUUCUCUCGAGAACAUUACACAUUCGUUGUGCACGCUCGAGUUUGACAUACGUCGCCCAUCAUACUACUGGCUACUUGUUGCCUUGGGCCUGUACCAGCCAUAUGUUUGGGAGUAUUCUAGGCUAAACAUAUCAAAUACUGUGAUGUCUAAGAGAAAGUUGAAUCGACUUGUGACGGAGAAGUGGGUAGAUGGGUGGGAUGACCCUCGUUUGUUGACACUAGCAGGAUUGCGGCGACGUGGAGUGUCAUCGACUGCAAUUAAUUCUUUUAUUCGUGGAAUUGGAAUAACAAGAAGUGACAAUAGCUUAAUUCGGGUCGACCGUCUUGAAUAUCAUAUCAGAGAAGAGCUUAACAAAACAGCUCCCCGUGCCAUGGUUGUUUUGAAUCCUCUAAAGGUUGUAAUAACUAAUUUGGAGGACGACAAAGUCAUAGACCUUGAUGGAAAAAUGUGGCCUGAUGCACCUGCAAAUGACGCUUCAUCCUACUACAAGGUUCCUUUCUCAAAAAUUGUCUACAUUGAAAAAACUGAUUUUCGCCUAAAGGACUCGAAAGAUUACUAUGGGCUAGCUCCUGGUAAAUCUGCCUUGUUAAGAUAUGCAUUUCCUAUUAAAUGUACCAAGGUUGUUUAUGGUGAUAAUCCAGAUGAGAUCAUUGAAAUUCGAGCUGAAUAUGACCCUUCAAAGACUACUAAACCUAAGGGUGUUCUGCAUUGGGUUGCUCAGGCAGCACCUGGAGUUGAGCCACUUAAGGUGGAAGUAAGAUUAUUUGAGAAAUUGUUCCUCUCUGAGAAUCCUGCUGAACUGGAGGAUUGGUUGGGUGAUCUUAACCCGAACUCAAAAGAGGUGAUCAAGGAUGCCUAUGCCGUGCCAUCGCUUGCGACUGCGGUUCUUGGUGACAAGUUCCAGUUUGAGCGGCUAGGCUACUUCGCUGUGGACACAGACUCGACAACUGAGAACCUUGUUUUCAACAGGACAGUUACCCUGCGUGAUUCGUACGGGAAAGCUGGGCCGAAGUGACUGCCAAUUUCUUGAAUUCGGUAACAGUAAACCUUUUUUUUUUUCACCUGGGUGCAGAGGUGCACUAAGGUUAUAGUUGGGAAGAAAACAACAUUGUGAUAGAUAAGCAUAGUGGAAAAGGGGUUUUGCUUGUAAAAUGGACUUGUGUGACUAUUGUUAUAUUAUAUUUAUAUGUCGCUCCCAUCAAAUUGUGCAUGAUCGGGGUAUGUUCUCAAGGCUUU